AUGCUGGACAGAUCGCCUUCCAUCAAAGGCGAUGGAACAACAGAGAAGAAGGGCAUAGGCUCAACUUCUGCAGUCAGAUCUAUACUAGCGUCAGGCGCAAGUGCUGAUGCGAGUGCAUCCAGAUCAUUUUUCGGUUUGCCUGAAUCAAACGUCAAGACCAGUUCAUCGUCUCUGUCCAACCCCAAGCCUUCGCCCGCGCUGGCACAAAACACAAAUGCAUCACUUUUCGAAUUCACUGCUCUGAAAGAACCAGCUGCAGGCGCUACACCGACCACCUCUUGGUUCUCUUCUUUGAGACCUUCGGCACUGGACACAAACACUAUGAACCACACAUCUGUGUUCAGUUCUCUGCCUAAGACAACGAUCGCUGCUGACUUCACCUUCAGCAAGACUUCUGAGACAAAGUCGUCUAAGGACAAAGAGACAAACCGCCAACCAGAUGUAUCCGCCGCAGUCAAGACAACAGGAGUGUUGAACAACAACACGCAGCAGGGUCACGCCAAAUUCCUGAAAGAUGUCCCAGAUGCCACGUCGUUACAUCCCAAGCACAAAAUCACCUGUGGGUUACCAGCAGGAACUUCUUCUGCAGAGUCUAGUCUGGACAAGCCAACUCUGACGAUCGGCAACGAGCUUUCGACUGAUCAGUCUGUCCUGAGAUCUUCCUUGACCAGUCAAGGCAAACCAUCCACAUACAGGCCUCCCUCCAAGUUAUCCUCCAACCUGACUGCUGGUUUACUAGAAUCUAACCAGGUCACUACUGAACCUACUGUCAACGGUAUAAUGAAGGAAAACUACUACUUAGCAUUGCAGUCUGCACAGCAGUCAAAUCAAAGAGUCGGACACGACCAAGAGUCAACUGGACGCACCACUUCUUUCGCGCCCUUAUCCGCUAUGAAAGCCAAUCCGCUUCAAUCCAAUGACACUCCCAAGGCUUUCAUCUUCGGCAAGACAACGACUACUGCAUUCAAGCCCGUACCUUCUGCUUUCAAACUCAAGACAAAGUCAAGCCCGUUCUCUUCCACUGAAAACAUGCAGGGAGAGAGGCUAGGAUUCAUGCAACUACACCACACCAGUAAAGACAAAGCUUCCGGUGCAGAUGAACAACUACGCACCACACCACUUGUUUCUUUCACCGUCAAAGAGAUAUCCGAAGCGAAUGUGAAGACGUCAAUGUUCCCUCAAUAUGCUUUCCUGGGUUGUAGUAUCCCAGAGCCUUCCUCCUUGGAAGAGAACAGCACAUCUUCCGCGUCUGACGGAAUGCAGAGUGCCUUUCUCUCCACCACUUCUAUCCACGCAGAGCCUGAGCCUGUCCUCCUCAACACAAACACACCUUGGUCGGCGUUCAUCUGCGGCUCCCAAGGAAGCGGAAAGAGUUAUACACUGUCUGCCAUCAUUGAGAACUGUCUGUAUGCUUCUUCUUCAAUCGGAAAGUUGCCCAAGCCACUUGCUGGAGUUGUGUUCCACAACAACACUGCUUCUGCGCACAACAUUUGUGAAGCACCUCAACUGGUGUCUUUGGGAGUCAAAGUCAAUGUUUUGGUUUCUCGCAGCAACUACCAUGUACUGAGUGCCAUCUACAAGAAAGCUGUUGGCUCAAAGUAUGAAAAGCUGCUCAACGUCCAGCCUCUGGUCUUGCAAUCUCAUCAUAUUACUGCUGAGCGUAUGCAUCGGUUGAUGGCCUUUGCAGAGGGUGAAACAGCAGUUCCUUUGUAUAUGGAGGUCAUCAUGCGUAUUCUUCGCGAGAUGGCUAUUGCAGGAGUACCCUUCAGCUACGAAACCUUCAAGGCCAAUCUGGACAAGGAAGGUCUGCAGCUAGGCCAGAAGGUCAUGAUGGAUAUGCGUCUCAACUUGCUGGAAUCCUUCUUGGACCCCAGCUGCAUCAAGGCUUCCACGAAAGCUUCUAGCAAGAGAAGUAAUCUCUUUACAACUUCUCCAGGCACAUUGACCAUUGUCGACCUCAGCGACCCUUUCCUGGACGCAGGUACAACGUGCACACUCUUCGAUAUCUUGCUCAGUGUCUUCUUGUCCUCGCGUCCUGACUCUGGUCUGCUGGUCUGCCUCGACGAAGCCCACAAGUUCAUGAAGAACACACCUGCAGCAGAGACCUUUACCGAGAAUUUGCUUACGGUAAUCAGAGAGCAGAGACACAAUGCCUGCCGCGUUGUGAUUGCCACCCAAGAACCUACCAUUUCGCCCAAGCUGCUGGAUCUGUGCUCCAUGACGUUUGUGCAUCGCUUUUCUUCUCCAGAGUGGAUGUUUACGUUGAAGGAACAUCUUGCUGGUGCUUCAGAUCUCGUCACUGCUGUUACGUCUGUUGGUAACACUGAUAGUGGCAGCGUUGGGGACAAAAAGCAUCACAGAGCAGCACGUCUGUUUGAAACAAUCAUCAAUCUGGAUGUUGGAGAGAGUUUGCUGUUUGCACCGUCUGCGAUGUUGGAGGUGGAUGAGCAGGGAAAGAAGAAGAAGUUGGGAGUGGGAUAUGUGAGAUUCAAGACAAGAAGCAGACUGGGUGCUGAUGGAGGACAAAGUAUUCUUGCUGUCAGAGAGUGA